UCACAGCAAUUCUCAGAGCUGACUGAAGUGCUCUUCCGCUUCCUAACAGAGCCCAAGGAGGUAGAAAGGUUUCUGACUCAGCUCUCAGACUUUGCCACCAUGAAUAAAAUCAGCUUGGGCCCCCUGAAAAACAUUGUCAAAAGUAUUCUUCUGGUUCCUAAUGGUGCCCUGAGGAGGAAUUUGUCUUCCGAACAAGUCAGAGCCGAUUUUAUUGCUCUAGGCCUCAGUGAGGAGAAAGCUGGUUACUUUGCAGAACAGCUGGUAGAUAUGGAGUGGAAGUUUGGAGUGACUGCCGGGAGCAGUGAACUGGAGAGGGUGGGAAGCAUCUUCUUGCAGGUGAAUGUCUGUCGGAGGGCUGAGGCGGGCAG